CUGAGUUUACAGCUUUGGAGGUGAUGAUGAUGCUCUGAGCAGCUGACCAAUCAGAGAACAGCUCUUAGUAACCUUUGCUCUGGUUGGACUCUGGAUCUUCAGCAGCAGGCAAACACAGGGUCCUCGUUCUCCUGGCAGUUUGAUCCACAAUGAAGUUCCCUUCUCUCCUUCCUUCCAUUCUGCUGCUUGGCGUCUUCUUCCCUGCAGCUGAUAGUGGACACUUUCUUGCCUUCCCAGGUGAGCACAGCCACUGGCUGAACAUGCGAACCAUCAUAGAGGAGCUUGUGAGGAGAAAUCACAAGGUGACCGUCCUGGUGCCGGACGCUUCGCCGUCGGUCAACUAUAACAGCAGUCGAGAUGCCGCCAAGUUCAACUUCUUGGUCUUCAAGGUUCCAUUCAGUAGAUCAGACAUGAACAACAUUAUGCAGGAUUUUAUUCACUUCUCCAUGUACAAGGCCCAUAACUCCUCCCUGCUGGACCGUUUUCUAGUGCCGCUGUCAAUCAUGGGGAAGUUCUCCCAAAUUGGGAAGCAGCAGUGUGACGCCAUGCUGAAAAAUCAGCAGUUGAUGGCGACCCUGCAUGACGCCGCUUUUGAUGUGGUCAUCUUGGACCCCAUGGUGUUGUGUGGCGAUCUGGUGGCCGAUGUGCUCGGUGUGCCUCUGGUCCUUUCGCUGCGGUUCUCAUUUGGCAGCACCUUGGAGCGUCACUGCGGCCAAGCACCGAUGCCAGCAUCCUUCAUCCCUGCGUCUCCACUUCCAUACAGUGACUACAUGACCUUCUGGGAACGGCUGGUCAACAUGCUGACCUACACAGGGCUGUCUGUGUUGAGCGAAGUGUCCUGGAAAAUGAUGCUUGAUUCUUUCUACACUGAGAUCAAAGGAAGUCCUAGCAGCUUCUGCAGCUCCUUGGGGAGGGCUGAUGUCUGGCUGAUCAGGACCUUCUGGGACAUAGAGACACCACGGCCAAUACCUCCAAACUUUUUCUAUGUGGGAGGUCUUCACUGCAGACCAGCCAAUCAGCUGCCAGAGGACCUGGAAGCCUUCAUGCAGAGUUCUGGAGAUGCUGGUGUAGUGCUUGUCACCUUUGGCUCCAUGGUAACCAAUCUGGCACCAGACAGAGCAAAUGUCAUCGCUUCUGCUUUGGGCCGACUACCACAGAAGGUAAUUUGGCGCUACCGUGGCAAAACCCCGGCAACUCUUUCACCAAAUACCAAGCUUUUUGAUUGGAUCCCUCAGAAUGACUUGCUUGAGCCCUGUGACCUUCAGGGACACCAACUGACCCGUGCCUUUGUGACGCAUGGCGGGACGAACGGUUUAUACGAGGCAUUGUUUCAUGGCGUUCCAGUUGUCGGCAUCCCACUGUUUGGUGAUCAGCCAGACAAUCUGGCCCGUCUGAGCCGCCGCGGUGCCGCCGUCGUCCUCCACUUCAACCGCAUGACAGUGGAUGAGCUGGAGGAGGCGCUGCAUACUGUCAUCAAUGAACCCAGCUUCAGGUCCAACAUGCAGCAGCUCUCUUCGCUACAGCAUGAGCAGCCGGUGGCGCCACUGAGCACUGCCACCUUCUGGUUGGAGUUUGUGCUGCGUCAUGGAGGAGCUAAACACCUAAGGCUGGCGUCACAUGACCUGUACUGGUUCCAGUACUACAGCUUGGACACAGGAGUGACUAUACUCCUCAUCAUAGUUGUGGGCGCCGCUCUGUGCUGGGUGGGGCUUCGCUGCGUCCUGCGCCACUGCAAAGGGCGAAAACAAAGACAGAAGAACGACUAACCAGCUGUUUUGACAAUUAUGGUUUUAUCUGGAUCCGUUUGAUCCAAGCAGAACACCAGAUGCAGUUUUCAGUGGUUCUUCACAUUUUUCCCUGACUGCGUCUUCAGGAGACUGGAGUUUGUCCUGCAUCAUGGAGACUCUCAACAGGCUAUUGGAUUAUAUAUCUUUAUUAAUACAUUAACCAGCAAUGUAACAAAACAUAACAUGAUAUGACAAAAACACAUUAUGGGCUGCAAAUGAGGGGAAUGGGGAAAAUUAUUACACUCAUGUACCACAAGCCAAAAGCUCCAGUUUCAAUCAUAUUUUGUAAGAAUAUUGCAUUGAAUUUACUGUUGGUUUUGUUGAAGUUAUUUUGAAAUGAGAAUAUUUUGUUUUGAUUUUAAGAAAUUGUUAACUGUUCGAUUUAAACUAUACGAUCACACAAAACAAAUAAAAAAAAAACAACAAAAAAAAUUAUUUCAUAAAGAAUUCUGCGGAGUGCUGGUGGAGCUGAGGGACUCGCAGGCAGUCACGUCUUGAAGAUUUGUCUUUUUUUAUCACUCUAGAGAAAGUUACAUAUAGCAUCUGUUCAAUAUCAGCAAUGCAUCAGAGACAACAGCCGUGCAACAAUAAGGCGCCAUUAUGUACAUUUAUAUGCAUGAAGCAGGUACUGUAUACACAGGAAUCAUUACUGGACACAUCACCAACUUACACACAACAUUUGUAAUAUAUUGUCAGGUUCAAACAAUCUGAGAACUUUCACACAGAAAAAGAAGAGAGAGACAAGUUAUUUCAUUUUACAGUCAGAGUGGAUAGCAGGAAAAAAGACGUCUCCAUCAUAGUUUCCUAAACCCACUGAGAUUUCUUUCCUACUCUUCCUGUUUUAUUAGCAGUUGGUUGUUUCCUAAUUACCCCAGUUUAGCAGCUGCUGGAAGGGGAGGGGCAAACAAC